UCAGAAUGGAAAACCAAGGAAGAAAACCAAAACACAAACUUGAACUUACAGCCAUUGAUCUCAGAUGAAAAAACAGUGAUUCUGGGGGAAACACCGUUGAAGAAGGCCAAUGAAGAACAUUACAAAACGGAGCAGAACUUCAACCCAAGUCCAAGCCCUGUUGGCUCCCAUACUGUGCAGGUAUCAAAUCCUAGUGUACCAAUUGCUCGACACCAGGUGGCUCCUAGCGGAGAGAGACCAUACAUGUGCAUGGAGUGUGGGAAGUGCUUCGGUAGGAGCUCUCACCUCCUUCAGCAUCAGCGAAUACACACUGGUGAGAAGCCCUAUGUAUGCCAUGUGUGUGGGAAGGCCUUCAGCCAGAGUUCUGUCCUUAGUAAGCACAGGCGGAUCCACACAGGUGAAAAGCCCUAUGAGUGUAAUGAAUGUGGGAAAGCCUUUCGAGUGAGCUCAGACCUUGCCCAGCACCACAAAAUACACACAGGAGAGAAGCCUCACGAAUGUCUAGAAUGUGGGAAGGCAUUCACUCAGCUCUCACACCUCAUCCAGCACCAGCGGAUCCACACAGGGGAGAGGCCAUAUGUGUGUCCCUUGUGUGGGAAAGCCUUCAACCAUAGCACUGUCCUGCGGAGCCACCAGAGAGUGCACACUGGAGAGAAGCCUCAUGGGUGCAGUGAGUGUGGGAAGACGUUCAGUGUGAAGAGGACAUUGCUGCAGCACCAGCGGGUCCACACUGGGGAGAAACCCUACACAUGCAGUGAGUGUGGCAAGGCCUUCAGUGACCGCUCUGUGCUCAUCCAGCAUCACAAUGUGCACACCGGGGAAAAGCCGUAUGAGUGCAGUGAAUGCGGCAAGACCUUUAGCCACCGCUCCACCCUGAUGAACCACGAGAGGAUUCACACUGAGGAGAAGCCCUACGCAUGCUAUGAGUGCGGCAAGGCCUUUGUCCAGCACUCGCACCUCAUCCAGCACCAGAGAGUCCACACCGGAGAGAAACCCUAUGUGUGCGGUGAAUGUGGACAUGCUUUUAGUGCACGCAGGUCUCUGAUCCAGCACGAGAGAAUCCACACAGGCGAGAAGCCCUUUCAGUGCACAGAGUGUGGCAAAGCCUUCAGCCUGAAAGCAACUCUCAUCGUGCACCUGAGGACCCACACGGGAGAGAAACCCUAUGAGUGCAACAGCUGUGGCAAGGCCUUCAGCCAGUACUCAGUGCUCAUCCAGCACCAGAGGAUCCACACAGGAGAGAAACCCUACGAGUGUGGGGAGUGUGGACGAGCCUUCAAUCAGCACGGGCACCUGAUCCAGCAUCAGAAAGUACACAGGAAGCUGUGAUCCAUGGCUGUCAGAAGCCCAACUUAGAACAUAGGCAAUACGUGACCAGCCUUCCUCCUGGAAGUUCAGUUACAUCUGAGGACCUUUCCCUGGUGACUCAUCACAAUUCCCUUUCCUUCCUAGCGAAAACAUUCCUCUACAAAUGUUACUUUUAUUUUCCUCAACAUAUUGAAAUUACAUUGGAGAAUAUCCUACAAUUGUGGAUAUUGGUUAAAAAAAACCAAACAAAAAAAGCCAUAAUUCUGCCUUUGA